AUGACCGGCCUGACCUACUUCGAAAUCGCCCAGGGGCAGGCGUUCGAGCGCUGCGCGUUCGGCGCCGCCGCGGCGGCUGUGGAGCGCUCGCAGCGGCGGCUCUCCGAGCAACGCAACAGCCGGAUCAGUCAGGCCGCGGCGAAACUCGUCGUGCUCGACGCCCUGCGGCGCGUCGCGGCGCGGCGGUUUAUAAGUAGGGCCGCCUUCGUCGCGUGCCGCGAGGCCAAAGCGAACGGCGCGUCCCGCGACGACGCGGACGCGGCGGCGGCGGUCGCCGCGGCGGCAUGUAACUUACGCUUCCGGCCCCUGCCGUGUAGACCGCGCGUCGUCUGCCGCGACGAGGCCAAGGACGCGCGGGAAGCACUAAUUGCGAGCGCCGCCGCGAAGCGAGAAAUAGUAAAGCGCCUCAAGGCUCAGUUAGAGCCCCUCGAGGCGGGCGUCGACGACGCGCGGACCGCCGUCGGCCGGCGGCGCCACGAGCUCGUGCGCUUCGAGAUCGACGCGAAGGUCCUGAAGAGCGAGGCCCUGCGGAAAGUGAACGCGCUCCGGAAGGCCAUUCGAAGUCUGUCGCUGGAGUGCCGCGUGGACCCGCCGCGGAUCCGCCACCUCGCCGCGGCGGCCCUGCAGCGGAGCCUAUCAACGGCGUUGAGUCUGAGGCGAGAAUUGCGCCGGCGGCGGAAGGCGGCGCACGCUUCCGACGAGUUCGAGAGACGCAAGUUCGUGCGGUUGCGACGGAGCUUCUCCAACGUUUCGCGGCCGAACUCGCAGUGCGAGGACUGGCUCCCGGACGCCGCGGUGCAGGCCGUCGUCGCCGCGCGCGUGAAGCGGCGGACGACGACGGUGACGACGCUGCAGGAGGCGGCGCGCCAGCGCCGGCUGAAAAAGCUCGCCAAAAAACAGCGGCGCGUGUCGACGGCGUGCCGCGAGGACCGGCGCCUCGUCGAGCGACUCGCGCGGCUCCGGGGCACGAUGCACCGGGCCUUCGCGCGGCAGCAGCGCGCGCGGAAGCCGUACUGGGUCGAGCCGCCGCCCAUCCAAUGGGCCGUGCCGCCCGCGACGCCCAAAACGCCCUCGAUCUCGUGGGCCGCGCCGCUGGCCAUGCCGCGCACGCCCGCCUCGCGGCCCGGGACGGGCCGCUCCGCCACGCCGGGCUCGCGGCCCGGGACCCGCGGCUCGGACAAGGCCCCUUUGCAAGGCUGGGAGGGCCUCUUCCACGAGCCGCGGUCGGCCCGGUCCGUGUCCUUCGCGGCCGCGGCGCCGCCGCGGGCCACGCCGAAGCGCAAGGGCCGGCCCCGGUCCGUGCGCUUCUCGCUGCCGGACACGCCCGAGGCGGUCGUGCGGCCCGGCGGCGCGUCGCCGGCGCUCUUCGACGCGGCGCCCACCCCAAAAAGCGUGCGCUUCGCCGGCGACGCGUUCGCGCGCGCGCGCACGCCGCUCGCGCCGCUGCGCCUGGACUCGCGCGUGGGGUCGGCCGCCUCGGAGACGUGGGCGAGCCUCCGGGGCAUGACGCCGCUGCGCGCGACGCAGCGGUCCGCGACGCCCCUCUUCGGGUCGGGCUAA